AACAUCAUUUUCUGAUUGGUUGCGAUGCAACUGGUACAUUAUUCAUCAGGACGUGUUUCAAGUUUCGCCGAGGGAAACCUUAAGCUAAGUACAGAGUGUUCUAUGAAUCUCAUCAAAGGACAGAAACUUCAGGAGGAGCAGGGGCAUCGGGGACUAUAAAAUAAUUAUUUAAAGGCUCUAGGCCGAAUUAGAAGCACCAACUGCUACCGAGGCAUAGAAAAGUGUACGAACUAUUGAAUACCAAGUACAUUAACGAAAGCAGAGCUGGGAGAGAUCGUGAGUGGGCGGGGGCGGCCAUACUCAAACAACCGCCGAGCGAAGUGCGCGGUACAGCGCAGAAAUGAGACGAUAAUAAAUCGCAUUGUACCGUUCAUAAACCCGGGUCGACGGUAACGGGUGUAAGUGCCUCCGUUGGAACAUAGAGGGAAAGAAUUACGAACAGAGAACGAAGACGGAAAGAGUGAGAAGUGUAAAGAAAGAGACAAAAGCGGCCCGACGAGCCGAGGCGCAGAGAACGGUAUGAGUGCAAAGACAGACGUGAACAGGCGAGUCCUAGCAAUUCAGGCGAAAAAAAAAAGGCACAAGCCAAGUAAGCGAAAAGGAAAGGGAAAUGCACAGGAUGAAUCAGAAACGUCGGGAGCCCAAUGCUCAAAAGCAUCGGCCACUCAGCAAGGCCAGGGAUCGGGUUUCUAUCAGGAUGCUUCCUCACAGAGACCAUAUUCCAGUGACAAUGGAAACAGAUUGGAACCAUGUCAUAGCUCAAGUAACGAAACAAUGGAAGAUGGUGAUGAACUCUACACUAGUGAGGAUGAAGAACAAGAGGACAGUAGCGAUUAUUGUAAAGGAGGGUAUCAUCCUGUUAAGAUAGGAGAUUUAUUCUUAAAUCGUUAUCAUGUAACACGUAAACUUGGCUGGGGUCACUUCUCUACAGUCUGGCUCUGUUGGGACUUACAGGAUAAGCGAUUUGUGGCACUUAAAGUGGUCAAAUCUGCAUCUCAUUUUACUGAAACUGCAUUGGAUGAAAUUAAAUUAUUAAAAGAUGUGCGUGAUACAGAUCCCAGUGAUCCUAAACGCAAUAAAACCGUCCAGUUACUCAAUGACUUCAAGAUCAGUGGCAUUAAUGGUUUGCAUGUUUGCAUGGUAUUUGAAGUGCUUGGGCAUAAUCUUCUUAAACUGAUUAUCAAAUCCAACUAUAGAGGAAUUCCAAGAAACAAUGUUAAACGUAUCAUCAGACAAGUUCUUGAAGGUCUUGAUUAUCUACAUAAUAAAUGUAAAAUUAUUCAUACAGACAUUAAACCUGAAAAUGUUCUUGUUUGUGUUGAUGAAGCUUAUAUUAGAAAAUUGGCUUGUGAAGCUACAGAACUACAUUCACUUGGAAUGAAGUUGCCAGUGUCUUUAAUUUCAACUGCACCAAAGGAAUUCCAAGAACCUACUCCUAAUUCUAAAAUGUCAAAAAAUAAAAAGAAAAAGCUUAAGAAGAAAGCGAAGCGUCAGAAUGAAUUAUUGAAGAAACAAAUGGAACAAAUAGAAGAACUUGAAGAGCAGGACAAACUUGCAAAUAGCACAAGAGCAAAUGGAGAAUUAGAAACAAAUAGUCCAGAUCAAGACGUAAAUACGGAAAGUAUAGAAGAUAAUACUGAAAGCAAAGAUUCACCUGAUAUUUCAGAACCAUCUGCACCUUCAUUGCACAUAAAUGGUGUAGAUAGUUUAACAGCCGAAGAAAAAGUAGAAAAUCAAUUACCUCAACAAUCUGAAAAGAUGGAAAAUGCAAAUUCAUGUGAUGUAGAAAAGAAUUGCGGUGAAGGAGUACAUUUACCUGAUCAUGAGGAUACUGACGAAUGUAGUGAAGGUCGUAAUUUACAUCCACCUGAAAGUAAACAAUUGAAAAGAGCAUCUGUAGCUCCUUUAGAUCCUGCCCUAGUAGAAUGUGAUGUUGAAGUGAAAAUAGCAGACCUUGGUAAUGCAUGUUGGGUCCAUAAAAAAUUUACAGAUGAUAUUCAAACUCGUCAAUAUAGAUCAUUAGAAGUAUUAUUAGGAUCUGGAUAUGAUACAUCUGCAGAUAUAUGGUCCACUGCCUGUAUGGCAUUUGAAUUAGCAACUGGUGACUAUCUCUUUGAACCACAUAGUGGCAAUUAUUAUUGCAGAGAUGAAGAUCAUUUAGCACACAUUAUUGAAUUGCUUGGAGAAAUACCAAGACACAUUGCUCUUUCUGGCAAAAACUCAAAAAUGUACUUCAAUAAGAAAGGUGAACUAAAACGGAUUACUGGAUUAAAACCUUGGGGACUGUACGAGGUGCUUACGGAGAAAUACGAUUGGUCACCAAGAGAAGCGCGCGAGUUUGAAGAGUUCCUAACUCCGAUGCUCGAGUUUGAUCCGAGUAUGCGAGCUACAGCAGCAGAGUGCCUGAAGCAUCCAUGGCUGAAAAUCAAAAACUGUUGAUAAUUUUAUGAUUAUCAUUUACGUCCACGUGAUUAUGACUAAUUUCAUACAGCAAAAGGAGAUAUUUAAUAUUGGAACAAUUGGAAAAGAAAGAACUUGCUACAUUCCACCAAAUAAUUGCUGCAGUUGGGUAUGCUUCUAAUUGUAACACUCUCGACGAUGGCUGCCUACUUGUGUAUUUAUAAAUUUGUUAAAUCAUGUUUUUCAUUUAGUAUAAUGCUAUCUUAAAUUAAAAUUUCGUAGUACUUUAUUAUUUUACACGGUCGUCGUUAUAUUAUCCUUUACACUACUUAUCACUUAAUUUAUGAAAUAUCCCAAGAGUCAUGGGACCCACUCAUAAUGUACUUUAGGAAAGGGCAGGCCCAUUGUUAUAUCUCAUAAUGAAUAUUGAAAUUUCCAUUAAAAUACUUCUUUUACAUUAAAUUUAUUAUCCAAAAUUUACUGAUAGCAGGUUUUUUCUCUGUGAUCUCUCCUUGUGCUUAAUUAGUGUGUGUUCAAGAAAAUAUAAUAAUCAUUAUUAUUAUUGUCUUGAUACUGAUUGAAGAAAUACUCAUACAUACAUACGCCGGAACGUGUGUUUAAGGAACUGAAUCUUUGUACAAAUUCGAUAAAUGCGGAAAUACAUAUAUUGUUAGUAUAAUUAAGAGUUGGUCGCCAGAUUCUUGGUAAAACAAUUGAUUCGGAAUAAGACAGUGCAUAUUUUAUUCAGUUACAAUAAAUAAACCAGAAGAAAGGAUUCGAACUUGUAGUAAUAUACAAUAAGAUUAUGAUAAUUAUAAAGUUUAACUAUCGAAUGAAUAAUAAACUUAUGAUUAUCAAGAAACGAAUUUGUAAUGGAAUUAUUACAGACGCAUAUACACUGUCGGAUUUCGAACAACCACCAAGGCAUUCAAUAUUUGUGGUAUAUACUUUCGUUCACUUUAAUUUAUUACAUAUUUCUUUAUACUGCUGAAAAGCAUACAUCAUAUACAUUAUAUAUAUUGUACAAUUACGAGAAAGGGAAACUAGUUUCUACAUCAUGACUGAAAUUUCGGUAAACGUAAAAUAAUCAUGGUGAAGGAAAUACAAUGUUAAGUUCUGCGCGACCUUCUUUACUUCGAGCUAUUGACUGAUUAUUAAGCUCCCUGCCGAUAAAUUGUCUUCUAUUUUAUAACGAAGAUAGCGAAACAGUACGAUUACUGAACAUUCAACAUCACAAAUGUAUUUGUAUCGUUGAAUUCUGUUUAUGCUUCCAAACGAAUGUUCUGUUUCGCUGUGUCUGCCAACUUAAAGUCGUUUCAUGUCGAAAAAAAAUGAAUAAUUAAAGAGCAUUUCGAAUGAAAUUGGUGGAGAUGCAUAUGAAAAGAACAUUUAUUAUUAACUAAGUUUCAUUAGAUGAGAAUAUAUUUAUUCCGGGUAAAAGAGGAAAAUAGUUACUUAAAGUAGGAUAUUUAAAUUUAAUUACGUUUAUUUUCAUUAAGUGUUUGUAAAUCGAUGAAUCUUGAGGAAGAGAUUACUCUUUUAAUCCACAAUUCACUUUUAACAUUUAAUAUUCGUACUUUUAGAAAUGAUAGAAAAGGUAUGGAAUUAUUGAUCUUGAUUUUUACGAUGUUUGAGAGAAAUGUAUAAUUAAGAUCAUAAGAUUUGUUUAAUUUUAUUUUAUUUUAUGGAUAUCCUUAACGAAAAUGCCUCUUCUACCUGUAUUGUAAUCGAUGAAAUUCAAGCUUUUCAUUUACAUUGUCGUACUUGCUUAACUAUCCCUGUGUAACCAUGUGAUCCCACCGUAAUUAUGAAUUUGGAACUGAUGGCAAUCGUGUUGAAUUUGUACAGUACGCAACCGAAGUUAUUGUAGUUAUAUACACCGAUAUUAUUUUAUAAAACGCGGCCAGUGAAAUCCGGAAAGAAUGCAGUAAAUAACAAGAACACGAGGAAUUAACAAUGGAAGAAUGUUUUUUCCAAAAUACAUCUUGAAUUUUUGCAUGGCCGUCCUUAUAGUUGAUGACUGGUGACCGAUCAUCGUGUGUUUGUAUGUUGUUAAUGAUAAUUCCCGUUUUGAUGAAGAACAAUGUAUAAUACGAUGUAUAUUACUAAACGAAGGACAUCUUCAAGAACGAAUCAUAACUUGCUAUUAUACAACAAUCAUGUUGUACGAUAAACGAAUGAUCGGAUUUUUUUUUCUAAUAACGGUUCAACGGAUUUCAAGGACAUGCGAUUUCACCGCGUAGCCGCACAUUACGAUUAUACAUACCGAAAUAUACAUAUAAAUAUAUAUAGAGAUAUACAUAGAAUAAAUUGAAUGACAAUUCACGUAGGUAUGAUUCGUUGCUUGGCGCUAGGGUAGUUAGGAUGAAAUUAACAAACAUUAACAGUAAAAAAUGUGUAUAGCUUGAUGUACGAGAGUCCUCCCGUUUUCCUCUAAGGUUUGAACAAGUAAUGUAUUCGUACAUAUAUUAAAACUUGAAAGCCCGUUGCGCAUCGUCUUUUUCCUCAAUGAUAGAAAAACCACUUCUACGAGUGCAGAACAAGAAAGAUAAAUGGAGAGUUAGGCAGAGCCAAAGAGGCUUGUUUAUACAGGGACCCAAUUUGAAACUUUUACAGAUUUAUGUUCCAGUCGGUAGAUUUAAUUAUGCGCCGUCUAGAGAGAUAUGACUGAAUGAUUAAAAUUUGUGCGCAUUAAUUUUACACAAAGUGAACAAACCUCGAUAUAUAAGAAAUCUAAUUUUGUUCUUAAAAUUCGUCUGAACUGGGUCUUCAAGAAUCCUCACCGUCAUACGUAUUUCUUUCAAUCUACUGUCGUUGAAAUAUGAUCUUUCAGUCGCAAAGAUAGAAAAAAAAAAAAGCAAAUGAAACGUAAGAACUACUAACGCACCGAAGAGGACCGAACAAUAUCAGUACCAAGGAAACGCAUGUAAAUGGAAAACACGUUUUGUAAUAACAUUAAAAAAAACGUGAAUCGACGGAUAGAAAUGUCGAUCAGGAAUGAAAAUCUAAUAUUUGACGGAAUAAG